CUAGGUUCACAUCUGUGCGGGUGGUGCCGCCGUGAAUCCGCACAAAAAUCCGUGCAGCCACACCACCCACACAGAGAAAUGUGGACCUGCAGGCGGGUGCCAUUAAUUCUAAUGGCACACCGCCCGCACUGGAAAACGAAACCGUACUGGGAACCGAGGUUCCCGUGUGGGCUGCGUUUUCCAAAGAAGUGCAGGGACUUCUUCCCUGCGUGUCACGGGCACGGGAUACCAAUCAAAUGAAUUGGUUCUCGUGCCCAGGCGGACUGACCACUUGGAAACUC